CUGGCGAUGCAGUCAGGAGCAAAAAUAGAAAAGCUGCUUUCAGGGCGUCCAUGACACAGCACUCGACUUGGAGAUAUUUUGAGAAGAAAAGCCAACAGUAUGCAGUAUGAUUUCUUCCGUCAAGAGCACUGCGGUUAAUAAUUCUUAAAGGCGAUGGAGGCUCGGACGUUUUACUUGAGUGAAGAUGCAGAUGAUGUGUUCCUACAAUCUGCAUUCGUUGAAAAGCCCCUGCAGUCCGUACCUCACGGCCAGCAAGCCUUAAGGAGAGAAAGCGACCCACACACACAAGAAAGGCCCGGGCAGUCAUCACAGCAAGCCGUGGGGAGAGCAAUCGACUCUUACGCGACCCCGGCUGAGCAGAGAUUCCCACAAGGAACACAUGAGCAAAACGGGGGGCUAAGAAACGGCGUAAACACCGCGACCGCGAGAAAAGAAUAUGAUUUCUACGCGAGUCAGGACCUUGAUCCCCUGCCACCGCCGCCGCCGCCAUUACUGGACGAGAGCGGGUCCUCCCCCUUUGAUGACAGGUCACGUGACGACGACAGGUGGAGGUCACGUGCUGCUGAUAAUGCGCAGUGGUCACGUGGUGCUGAUGACAGACAUUGGUCACGUGGUGACGAGGACAGACAUUGGUCACGUGGUGACGAUGACAGACAGUGGUCACGUGGUGCUGACGACAGACUCUGGUCACGUGGUGACGAGGACAGACAGUGGCCACGUUAUUACAAUAGCCACGCCCUUACUCACGAUGGCCGCUACUUGAACACCGAGCAAACGAACCCACUGCCAAGGAGAUCCAAAAGCCUUACAUCCUUCAAUGACGACGGCGAUUACGGCCUCGCAGCCUUUCCGAUUGCGAACCGAACGCAGGACGACAGCGUUCGAAGUUCCAACGGAAGCGGCAGGAGCAGUGUACAAGCGAACGGGGUAUUGGCUCGUAGUAAAUCUGAGCGUGCUAUUGAAAGUGAAGAUGUGGUUUGUAAGGUUGGCACCCCGGUACUUCGCUCGCAAAGCUGGAAGGAUAUAAGAGACGAGUGGAGUGAGGAGGGGAAUCAAGUCGCCAAGGGCGGCAAGAAGAUAAACAAUGGGCUCGCCAAGAAUUACAAGAGGUUCAUCAACCAGGGAUCAAACAGCCAAACGAAGGUCCGUACGAUGGCUUCCGAGCCCAGCAAUUACCGUAAAUCUGCGGACUUUGACUUUAAUAUGCCGGACACUGAUCCGACGGCCGCGGACGCCGAGUGGAAGAAGAUCCAACAGAACACAUUCACUCGAUGGUGCAACGAGCAUCUGAAAUGUGUGAAACAAUUUGUGUAUAGCCUUGAGACCGAUCUAUGUGACGGCCUCAAACUUAUUGCACUUCUCCAAGUCCUCUCGCAAAAGCGGCUUCCCCGGUUCAAUAAGAAACCAGUCUUCAAAUCCCAGAAGAUUGAGAAUGUUUCCAUUUCGCUCAAAUUUAUCGAGGACGAGAACAUUCGACUCGUGAACAUAGAUGCUAGUGAUAUUGUGAAGGGGAACCUGAAGCUUAUUCUUGGUCUGAUAUGGACACUUAUCCUGAAGUACCAGAUCAGCAUGCCCUACCUGGAUGAUGACGAUGACGAAAACCAUAAGAUGACGCCCAAGCAGGCACUGCUGGCGUGGGUCAAGAGCAAGAUGCCAGAGAGUGUUCCAAUGGACAACUUUACCACCCACUGGAACGAUGGUCGCGCCAUUGCCUGUCUGGUUGACGCUGUUGCACCUGGCUUACUGCCUGAGUGUGAGGACCUUGAUCCUAAGGAUGCACUGCAGAAUGCACAACAAGCAAUGAAGCUUGCACAAGACUGGCUGGAUAUUCCACAGGUCUUAGAUCCAGCUGACAUGGUGAACCCCAAGGUUGAUGAGCUUAGUAUGAUGACCUACGUCUCCUACUUCCCAGAAGCAAAAUUGAAGCCUGGAGCACCCCUCCGCCCCAGGGUCCAUCCUGCCUCCAGAUGCCAUGCCAAGGGUCCUGGUAUUGAACCAAAGGGCAAUGUGGCCAAGAGACCAGCUGACUUCACUGUGUUCGCACAAGGUGCCGGCCUGGGUAAACUUGGUGUGCAAGUCUAUGGACCUGGAAAGACAGAGCAAGAAGUUGUUGUUAAGGACAAUGAGGACCACACUUACUCCUGCAGAUAUGUGCCUAACACACCAGGCAAAUAUGACGUCCAUGUGAAAUGGAAUGGCAGACACAUUCCCAAGAGUCCUUUCCGUGUUGAAGUGUCUUCUGAUCUUGAUGCCGGCAAAGCCUAUGCCAAAGGGCCUGGCCUGGCACCCACAGGCGUAGUGGCUGGAAAAUACACCGACUUCACUGUCUUUACAGCAGGAGCUGGAGAAGGCAAGGUUUCUGUGAAGGUGAUUGAUCCACGUGGUGGAGAAGAUGUUGAUGUGAUCAUUGAGCCACAAGACAACCAGGAAUUCCUUGUUGAAUACCAGCCAGUCAACACUGGAAAGCAUACCAUCAAGGUUGGAUAUGGUGGGCAGCCAAUCCACGGCAGCCCAUUCCAUGUCAUGGUCAGCCCACCCAAGGUCGAUCCUAUCCCAAGCAAGGUCAAGGUCUUUGGAGCAGGUGUUGAGCCUACUGGCCUGAAGGCUGGCAUGCGUGCCCCCUUCACUGUCGACACACGAGGAGCUGGAGAUGGUGAAUUGGAUGUUUUUGUUGAGGGCCCUCUUGGGGAGGAGAAGGUUGACAUCAAGAACAACAAUGAUGGCACUUACUCUUGCAUCUAUUUCCCGUCAAAGUUUGGCAAAUAUGUGGUAUCCGUAACCUGGAGUGGUGAACAAGCAGCCAAGAGCCCGUAUGAAGUGAAAGUUGCUACCGCUGUCGAUGCCAGUAGGAUCAAGGCAUAUGGACCAGGUCUUGAGCGAGGCAUUGCAAACAAGCCUUGCCACUUCACUGUAGAGACCAAGGGAGCAGGUGUAGACAGUCUUGGCUUUGCAAUCGAAGGCCCAGCCCAAGCAGAGAUUAAGUGUGUUGAUGUUGGUGACGGCAAGUGUGAGGUUACCUACUACCCUCUUGUUCCUGGAAAGUAUGCUGUGCAUGUGACUUGUGGUGAUGUUGACAUCAAGAACAGCCCCUUUAUGGUCCCCAUUUCACCUGCUGGUGAUGCCUCCAAGGUUUACGCUAAGGGGCCAGGCCUGGAGCCAGAGGGUGUCUGUGCUGGUUGCCCUGCAGAAUUUACAGUGUACACUAAUGAGGCUGGUGAUGGCGAUGUUGAUAUCAAAGUGAUGGAUAGCCAGGGCAAAAAAUCCCCUUCAGAGAUCAAAGACAACAAAGAUGGUACCUACACUGUCACUUACUACCCUGAUAAACCUGGUAUGCACACAGUUGCUGUCCACUUCAAUGACAAGCCUAUCCCCAAGAGCCCAUUCAAGGUCAAUAUUUGCUCCACCAAUACCUCCAAGUGUCGUGCUUAUGGCCCUGGCCUAGAGAAGGGCUUUGUUGACCAGAGGAAUGACUUCAAGAUUGAAACAAAGGGUGCCGGAGAGGGAGGACUUGGCUUGACCAUUGAGGGGCCAUCAGAAGCUAAGAUUGAUUGUAUUGAUAAUGGAGAUGGGUCAUGUGAUGUUCAUUACUGGCCAAAUGAGCCUGGAGAUUACAUGGUGAACAUCCUGUAUGCUGACAAACACAUUCCUGGAAGUCCUUUCAAAGCAAGGAUCAGCCAUCCAUUUGAUCCCUCCAAGGUCAAGGUUGAGGGUCCUGGAAUAGAGCCUGGAAUUUGUGUAGGUGAUCCGGCAGAUAUUGACAUAGACACCAGGCUAGCAGGAGAUAAUCUUCUUGAGGUCAAGGUUGUUGAUGAUCUGAACCAACCUGUGAAGUGUGAUAUUGAGGAGGAGGAAUAUGGCAUGUACGCUUGUACCUACACACCCGAGAAAGAUGUACCCCACAGAGUUAAUGUCACCUACGGGUCCAAGCACGUCCCUGGCAGCCCUUUUAAAGUUCCCAUCAAGCCCGCCGGUGAUUCAUCUAAAGUCAAGGUCGCGGGACCAGGUGUUGCACCUACUGGUGUAAAUCCUGGAAAACCAACAUGGUUCACUAUAGACUGCAAGGAUGCCGGCAAGGGAGAUGUCCAUGUCACCGUCGAGCCCGCAGCUAAAGGAGGCAAACCCGUGGAGAAAAUCACCGUUGACGAAGUCUCCAAAGAUAACUACAAAUGCGACUAUAUUGCACCCGCCGAAGGUCCAUACAACGUCAAGGUGUCUUUCGGCGACAAGCCAGCGCCCGGUAGCCCCUUCAGGGUGAAUGUGGCGAAAGCAGGCAACGCCGGGAAGUGCAAAGCCCAAGGAGAUGGGCUCGAGACCGCCAUUAUCAAUCAGCUCGCCGAGUUCGAUGUGGACUGCUCACAAGCAGGCGAAGGUCAACUAAUGGCAUCUGUGACCAACCCUUCCGGUGCUCACACAGACACAUUGAUAACUGACAACCAAGAUGGAUCCUUUGGCGUCUCCUACACUCCAUUCGAAGAGGGCAUUCACGAUCUCGCCGUCAAGUUCGGAGAUGACCACAUACCCGGAAGCCCCUUCAAGGUCGAUGUACUUCCGGUCACCGAUCCAUCCAAGUGCAAGGCUUAUGGACCAGGCCUCCAGCAUGCCCAACUGAACAAACCCGCCGACUUUACCGUCGAAACCAAAGGUGCGGGUGCUGGAGGGCUGAGCCUCGCUAUCGAGGGCCCGUCCGAAGCCAAACUUACAUGCCAAGACAACGGAGAUGGAACAUGCUCUGUCAGCUACAUUCCCGUGGAGGAGGGAGACUAUGACAUCCAUAUCAAGUUCGCAGACGAGCAUAUCCCUGGCAGCCCCUUUACAGCCAAGGCGGGUCGCCCGGUGGACCCCUCCAAGGUAAAAUGCCACGGGCCCGGUGUUGACCGUGUCAACCCACUCUUCUCAAAGACUCCGCAGCGCUUCACCGUGGACACCACAGAGGCCGGUGUCGCGCCACUUGACGUGUCUGUCGAAACCCCCAACAGGCGAACUAUCAAGCCAGACAGCGUGGUAGAGGAGAAGCCUGGAAUCCAUGCCGUUACAUACACGCCUGAAGACGAAGGUCGCUACAAAGUAAAUGUCAAGUACGCCUCAACACACGUACCUAAUAGCCCCUUCAACGUGCGUGCCGGGCCACCCUUCGACGCAUCUAAAGUAAAGGUGUCCGGCCCGGGAGUGGACGAGACCCCAUACACUUGCGAGCCCGUCGAGUUCUUGUGUGACUGCAGUGAGGCUGGCACCGCUCCUUUGGGAGUAACCGUGUCGCCACCAUCUGGACCCGAUCUCAAACCAGACGUGAAGGACAACGGCGAUGGCACCUACACUGUUGCCUACGUCCCGGACAAGCCUGGCCGCUAUAAUAUUGACGUGAAGUAUGGCGACCGGAGGGUGCCAAGGAGUCCGUUCAGACCAACUGUCAAGCCGAGCGGAGAUGCUUCCAAGGUGAAGGUCAAGGGACUAGGACCCAAUGAGAAAGUCAUGACCAACCAAGAGAACGAUUUCCUUGUUGACGCAAGAAAUGCUGGGAAAGGAACCCCGGUUUGUACAUGCAUCGGACCCAACAAGAAAGACGUCCCUGUAGAUGUGGUCCCCAACAAGGACGGAACUUAUAGCUGCUAUUACACUCCAGAAGACGAGGGCCGACACUCGGUGGAUGUCAAAUUCGCUGGAGACAAUGUACCAGGAAGCCCCUUCCUGGUCAAAGCCGAGAAGGGUCUGGACUUUGACAAGAUCAAGUGUGCGCCUCGUAAUCCUGUGGACGAACCGCCUGUUAACAAAGAGCUGGUCUACGCUGUCGACGCUGCUGCCGCUGAACCUGUUCCUGGACAAGGCCUGGUCAAUGGUUCUCUGCUGACGCCCUCUGGAAAGAAGGAGCCAGUCAAGGUACGCAACAACAAGGAUGGCACCUACGACGUGGCAUGUGUACCCAAGACUCCUGGGCCGCACGAGUUGACAGUCAAGUACGAUGACCAACCAAUUCCAGGAAGUCCAUUCAAGUUUAAUGCCGUAGAGGGAGGACCAGGAGCUGUCAAGGCCUUCGGAAAAGGUCUUGAACGCGGUCUUGCUAAGGAACCAUGCGAAUUUACUGUCGUUACUCGGGACGCUGGCCCUGGAGGCCUUUCUCUUGCUGUAGAAGGCCCGAGCAAAGCAGAAAUCAAAUGCCAAGACAAUGGAGAUGGCUCCUGCAACGUAACAUACGUCCCAGAUGAGCCUGGAGAAUACAACAUCAACGUCAAAUUCGCCGACAAACAUAUUCCUGGCAGUCCGUUCUUGGCUCAGAUCUACAACACCUGGGACGAUCUCGACGCUGCCAAACCACGCCCAACAGUGGGUAAACCCUGCGAUGUCGGCCUGGACAUUCCAGAUCUCCCACCAGAUGUAUCCGUCCUCAAGGGAACUUUGAAACGACCAUCAAGCAACAAGGAAGAGCCCAUUGAGAUCCGUAUAAAUGACGACGACAGCCUUGGCAUCACGUUUGUACCAUACGAGCCAGGAGAGCAUCUCAUAAGCAUCAAGAAGAACGGGCGCCAUGUGCAAAACAGCCCCUUCUCCGUAAUGGUGCAGGCUCAGAGAAUAGGGGACGUGUAUCCAGUGGGACACACCGCUGAUGUAGGUAUCCCUGGAUUGGAAGACUUUGGCGAUCUGCGCAAGUUGACUGCUACUCUGCGUCGUCCUCAUAGCAACGCAGAGGAGUCCGUUCAGCUUCACAAGAACCCAGACAAUAGUAUCAGCUGCUCUUUCCUACCCAGGGAGCCAGGCGAGCACUUUCUUACCGUCAAGAAGGACAAACAGCCCAUCCCUGGUAGUCCCUUCUCUAUCCUCGUCGAGGCGGAGGAACCGAUCGAAGCCGUCGGUUGCCCUGUGGAUUACUGCUUUGAUAUCAAGGAUGAUGUGAACCUACCUGAUGAGCUUGACAAACUGAAAGCGACGAUUACAAGACCAAACACUGACAAAGAGGAACCUGUCGGACUCAAGCUGAACUCUGACCUCUCUCUCAGCUGCUCCUUCAUCCCCCGAGAAACUGGCAUGCACCUGAUUCACAUCCGAAAGAACGGCCGUGAUAUUACUGGAAGCCCCUUCCCACUGAAUGUCACUGCGCCUGAGGCUGUUAGCCAGGUGGGCCGCCCAUACGGCCUUGGCCUGGACUUCGAUGGCGUAAACCCCUGCGACGACUACGCCCACCUCACGGCCACACUCAAGAGACCAUCGUCCAACAAAGAAGAGAAACUGAAUUUGCUCCUCAAUGGCGAUAACACCUUGGGCGUGGCCUUUACUCCUCGUGAGGUCGGUGAGCAUCUUGUGCAUGUGAGGAAGGACGGCUGCGAGCUUCCAGAGAGCCCCAUUUCUAUCAUGGUGGUCGGUAAAGAUGAAAAGGUCGAAGAGGUCCACCCAGUAAAGAAGACGUGCGACCUCAGCCUCGACAUACCUGGAGUCACCCUCCCAGACGACUUCAAGAAGCUUAGUGGAUCACUUAAGAGGCCGACGAGCGACAAAGAAGAACCCUUGACUUUGACCCUCAACAAAAAAGACAACACCCUAGGAGUGUCCUUUGUUCCAGUUGAACCCGGAGAGCACAAAAUCAGAAUCAAGAAGGAAGGCAAGGACGUGCCCGGAAGCCCUUACUCCGUGAUGGUAGAAGCUGCUGAGGCUGUCAACGCCGUUGGAAAGCCGUGUGACUGCUGUCUACCUGGCAGAUUCGACGAAGACGACCUGAGGAGGCUGAACGCUACACUUAAGAGACCAUCAAGUAGAACAGAAGAGCCGCUCAAACUUAAACUCAACUCUGACAAGACUCUCAGCGCUGUGUUUAUACCAAAUGAAACGGGAGAGCAUAUCAUCAAUGUCAAGAAAUUCGGCAGGCACAUCGAUGGCAGUCCAUUCUCUGUCAUGGUUGUCGCACCAGAGGCUAACGCCAUUGGAAGACCAUGUGGCGUCGGUCUGGAGAUCCCUGGACUUCGCCUCCCAGAAGACUUCGACUUACUCACAGGAAGUCUUAGAAGGCCAUCCAAAACAUGCGAAGAUUCGCUCAACCUUACCCUGAACUCGGAUAACACACUCAGUGUGUCGUUCGUGCCUCAGGAAACCGGCGAACACUUCGUUAGCGUCAAGAAAUCUGGCAAACAUGUGACUGGUAGUCCAUUCUCGGUAAUGGUCAGCGGUCCUGGACCAGCCGACGCCUCAAAGGUCAAAGUCACUGGCGAUGGUCUCCGCAAGGGAGUCACAGGCGAGCCCGCUCGCUUCACUGUCAACACCCGUGAUGCAGGCUAUGGUGGCUUGGGUCUAUCUAUUGAAGGCCCCUCUAAAGCUGAGAUCAAUUGCGUCGACAACGAAGAUGGCACGUGUUCCGUUGAUUACCUCCCAACGGAGCCCGGCAAGUACACCAUCAACAUCAAGUUCGCAGACGAGCACGUUCCUGGUAGCCCUUUCAAGGCGAAUAUACGGCGACCUGGUGAGGAGGAGAUCGUAGCAAUGUCGGAAGAUGGCGUCGAGUCUGAACCGACGCAGCGAGUAAGCCAAGUGUUCGAAGACCUCGUCAGUUUCGGCGCUGCGGCACCACAGCCACACGACUUCGUCUUCGACCUCAAGGGAUACAAUGUAGAAGAUUUAGAGACGACAGUUAUCAGUCCGGAUGGCGAAGUUCUGCCUGCAGAGAUAGUCGAGAGUGGCACUAACAGCUAUACCAUCCGCUUCAUGCCAAAAGAAAGCGGCGAGCACGUUAUCAACGUCAAAUACCGAGGCAGACAUAUCUCGGGAAGUCCCUUCAAGGUGUACGUAGAGGCGCCGGUCUGGGGUGGCGCCGCAAAGUGCACUGCUGCUGGACCAGGUUUGGAAAGGGGAGUGGUCGGUCACCCUGGUGACUUCACCGUUUGGACGAGGGAUGCAGGACCUGGAGGUCUCGCCAUCGCUGUCGAGGGGCCUGCAAAGGCAGAAAUCACGUGCCACGAUAACGGCGAUGGAUCGUGCAACAUCAGCUACCUCCCUACUGCCCCCGGAGAGUACACUAUCCACAUACGAUUUGCCGAUGAAGACAUCCCCGGAAGUCCCUUCAAGGUUUUCGUUACCACAGAAGUAGAAGACCGCUUCCGCGACCUGAAACUCAGCGAUCUUGAGAGUUCCGGUUUAAAGGUGGGACAACCAGCAUCCUUUUCUGUCCAGACCAACGCUCCAGUAGGUAAAGUCUCGGCGACUGUCAUCGCGCCCUCUGGAACCGAAUCCAAAGCUGUCAUCUCCGAUCUCGGGAAAGGCAACUACGCUAUUAGGUUCGUACCAAAAGAGUUCGGCGAUCACUUGGUGAAUGUUAAAUUCGACGAGACCCACAUUCCCGGCAGCCCGUUCAAGAUCCGUGUCGGUGGAGGCGGUGCUCACCCUGAGAAGGUCAAGGCGUACGGUCCUGGUCUGAGCAGUGGUCAUGCUGGAAAAUCAGCAGAAUUCACAGUGAAUGCGCUAGAAGCAGGCUCUGGAGCGCUCGCUCUGUCUGUAGAUGGCCCAGCCAAGGUCAAGAUGAAUUGCACAGAGAAUCAAGAUGGCACCUACCAGGUCACCUACUGCCCAGUAGUUGCUGGAGAGUACACCAUUAGUAUAAAGUUCGCAGGUCAACACAUCCCCGACAGUCCUUACAACGUUACCAUCUUCCCGCCAAGCGGGCACCUCCAGCACAGCGAAGGCGACGCGUCCAAGUGUACCUCCCGAGGAACCGGUCUACACAGGGCAGUUCUCGGUCAACCCAACUCCUUCACCGUCAACGCUAGUAACGCCGGGCGAGGCUCUCUCAUGGUCGGCGUGGAAGGACCCGCAAUUCCCGCGAAAGAGAUUAACGUCAAGCACACUGGCAGCAACGUGUACGCUGUAAACUACGCCCUUGAAGAGCCGGGAACCUACAUUCUGAAGGUGCUUUGGGGCGAAAAGCAUAUCCCUGGAAGUCCUUUCCACGUAACUGUCUAACCCGAUCAUUAAGGCGAUGAAUUUAUUUGUAAAAGAACUUAAUUAAGAAUUCUAAGAAAUCUUUCCUUUAAUUGUAAAUCGUUAAACGCCGUCUAACUCGCAUGGGCAAAUAAGAUUCCGUAAGAGUGAACGAUUACAAGCCAAAAAAAACUAUAAAAUUUUGUACCUUUUCUACUGCAUCUUUCUAAGUAGCGUAGAAUAGCUUAUCUUUGUUGAACUUUGUAGAUUCAGAUAUAACUUGAUAAAAAAAGGUUUUUGUAAUUUGGUAUGGCAAAGAUUCUAAGAAUACUAUCUAUUUUUGUGGUAGCACUGUCUCUCGAGAGUCCAUAGUUCAGGUGUUGUAUACAAUUUAAGCAAACCUGCUUGUAGCUGACAAUGGGAAAGAGGUGAAAUGCGCGCAAAAAAAAUCUCACUCACGAGCGGGAAAAAUACUGAAAUUUUAUAUAUCUCCUGUGAUAACGGGCGCCAACAUCUCUAAAAAAAUACCUUUUCAAGAGCCCAUAAAAGCUGAAAGCAAAAUUCCCAUAAUUCAUUAACUAACUAAAUUCCUACAUAUCAAGAUAUUGUAAGGUUGAAUUGUACUCUAGAAGUUUCGAAAGUGUUGUCUAAUCAGUAAAAGUCUAUCGAGUUCGCGUGGAGAUGAGUCAGUGUAUGUUGUAAGGGCAAUGACGUGAACCUGCUCAGGGCCAGAGUACUAGCCAUAACUAGUUAGGAACUCUAUUCAAAUAAACUACAUAAACAGAUAA